AAUCCAACUGCCCCGCAUUUCCGCCUUAGACGCGCGCUUCGACUUCAAUUUUUUUUUACCCGCCAAGACAUAUGACCAUCACCCAACAGUAUCCAACCAACCUCUUUAGAUGGAGUCUUUUAUUUGAUCUAUUCAUAUUUUUUUGUUAUUUUAAAAAAGAAAUCACCGCCAGCAAACCUACCCUACACUACACUACAGUACACCGGACCCAACUACCCUGCAUCAAAGUCGAAACCGAAAUCGAAGUCGAAACCGAACAUACCAAGAAGAAGAAGAAGAAGAAGAAGAAGAAGAAGAAGAAAUUAUGCCCCCCAAAGCCGGCCCCCGAAGAGGGGGUGGUGCAUCCUCGACAACAAGAAACAAUGCCAGCGGCGCCGAAUCCUCUAGCGCGAACCCUCCUCCGGCCUCUACCUCGGCUAGUCCCGCACCUCCAGGCACAAGACGACCAGUGCAACGACUACAAUCGCUGAAGAAGCGAGCGCCGUCGGGAAGUAUUGGAGCGGGACCUGGAGCAGGCCCAGGCGAGCCGGCGAAGCCCACACUGAAAUAUAAGCCGCGGGCCGUGGGCCGCCGGAGCAAAGAAGAGCGCGAGGCGAUCGAGAAGCUGGAGGCUGAGCGGUUGAAGGAGCGGUUGGCGGAGGCGGCGGCGAUCCAGCGUGGGAAGGCGAGCCUUGUGGGGGGCCGCGGACGGGCGGGAUUCAAUGCGCGUGGCGGCGGGCGGGGAGGUGGGAUGAUGAUGGGUGCGGCGGGGCCGUUGGGGAGUGGCAUGGGCAUGGCUGGGAAGAGAGGGGGUCGUGGGGGGGUUGGGCGGUUUGCGGGGGAUUCCCGGGCGACGUCGAUGUCGAGGAGGAGUCGGUCUGCUGUUGGGGGGGGAGGGGGUGGGUCUCUUUCGUCGGAUGAUAGUGAUGGGGAGAUUCGGGUUAGUAUUGAUCGGAUCAAUUUGGAGAGUGAUGCGGAUGAUGAUGACGACGACGACGAUGAUGAUGAUGAUGAUGAUGAUGAGGUGGCUGUGAAGAUGAAGAAGAAGAAGAAGAAGGGGAAGAUGGCGAUCAAGGGGUCUUCCGGAGGGCAGAGGGAGAAAGGGCUCCGGCCGAUUCGCGUGGAGAGACACGAGCAUGAGGAGCGCGUGGUCAGUGUGAAUAUGGAGUCGAGUACGAGCAAGUCGGCUGAAUUGCGGGAGCAAGCGAAAGCCCAGGCGAAGGCCAAGGGUGACGAUGACGGGGCGUUAUUUGUGCAGGACGAUGAUGAGGAGAAUAAUACGACGUCGACGCCUACGCAGACGGAUUCCCGCGUUAAGCAGGAGCCUAUGGAUGAGAGCGACCAGGCCAUGGCGGAUGUUCCCCAUGCGGAUGAAGCCGUGACUACAGAUGAUGGCCUUCUGCCCGCGCAGAAGGUCAAGGUGCGACGGAAGCUGGGGUCUAGAGAGCCGUCUGUGCCUGCUGUGGUGAAGGACCCGAAGAGCCUGCUACGGACCAAGGAAGAUAUCGAAGAAUACGAUCGACAUGCGGAGGACCUGGAACUGAUCAAGGAUCUGUUCACCAAGGAGCCUCCCACUACAAAGACCAGGGAAAAGAAGGAAACCGAGGAAGGACCCGAGACGACUACCGCUGAUGGCCAGGAGACGCACAAAACGGAAGAGGGCGAGAAGAAGGAAGAGGAGGAGGAGGAGGAGGACUCCGAUAAGGAUAAAUUAUCAGGACAGCUAUUCCUGAUGCAAUUCCCACCUAUUACACCGAAUCUAAUCAUCCCCACCGACGCUGAAGGACAAGCCGACGACGAGGUUACCGAAGUUCCUGCGCCAGUAGCCCCCUCAGACAACCCGCAAGAACCCCCCGCUCUCAAGCGCGAAGACGGGGUUGAAGUCCUGGACGGACCCGACGAGUCCGCAACAACAAACAAGACAUCCCAGGUCGUCACCGCGGCAGACUGGCAGCUUCAGGCAGGACGGGUUGGCAAACUGAACGUGCACGCUUCGGGCCGAGUGACGAUGAACUGGGGCGGCAUUUGCUUCGAACUCGAUCGCGCGACGGCCGUUGACUUCCUGCAGGAAGCGCUCAUUGUGUCAACCCCGCCCAACGCCACAGAGACCGAGGUGUUGGAUGACGAACAUAAGGUGUGGGCGAUGGGACAGCUGAGCGGCAAGUUUACUGUGACUCCCGACUGGGAGCAGAUGCUAUGAUGUGUUAUGAAUAUUCCAGGUUCGACCGGAUAGGUAAUACUAGUAUAUAGAGAGAGAGAUCUUAUGAAACUACACAGAGUAGGGUAGAUAGAACCCUUUUGAGUGUCAUUUCAUUUCAUCUCAUCCAACUGAAG